AUGGCUAGUGAGGAAGAAGUAAACAUUGAGGAUGAAAUAAUUGAGGAAUCAUAAGUAGAAGACAAUCCAAAAAAGAAGAAGGACAAGAAAGAUAAGAAAAUGGCUAUGAAACUAGACUAGAAAAAGCCAAUUGAUGGUAAAUAGCAAUUUGGUGACAAAUCUAUAUGUCGAUUAUGCAAAGUGACUACUCAAUCCACUCCAACUAUAAUCUGUAUAAGGUGUCACUUCAAAUACCACAAGGAAUGCAUACGAACUUAAAACAAAGAGCCAUAAUUCCAGGAAGGUGCUAAAUGGUACUGUCUCUCUUGUAUAGAGAGAAUGGCCAAGAGAAAAUUGAAAGACUCGGAACCAUAGAAAAAGAAGAAAACUAGUCAAAUCCCUGAAUUCUUUCAGAAAACCCUAUAACCACAAGAAGACAAAUUGAAAAAACACACAGAAUUUCAAUAAAAAUAUCCAACCUAUGUCCAAUAAGGAAGAGUCAUUUUUCCAAUAUUUGAUGAAUAUCUGACAGCUUAUCAAUAAUUGUUUACCAUUGAAAUUAAAAAGAAGCCACAACUCCAACUUGAUCCAACCAUUCCCUAGAACCUCUUUGAAGAUAUUCUUAAGAUAUGGGAUAGCUAUAAUUAUAUGGAUAAAAUUGUGAGUGACAUCCUCUACGCAGGAGAACAGUAAACUGAACAGUAAAGUUAAGUAAAUAACAUCGGCACCUUGAUUCAUUUCAAAGAUAACCACACGCCCUAUAGUUAAAAAACUCGUUAGGAGAUAUAUAAUUUAAUCUAAACCAAACCUGACGAAUUGAUCCUCUUUUUCUGCUACUUCUACCUUAAGCAAAUUAUUGAAGAUUUAGAUUAGGAAUAGAUGUAAAAAUAAUCAUACAAAAUCCCAUAUUGGCAUCUCCUUGGAUACAUGUGGUUUACAAAUAGAAUCAGAUAUUAUGAAUUAUUACGGGAUGACAUAAAAUCAUUGCCAACCAAUAUCUACAAACAAGGAAUUCUACCUUUGUAAUAAGAAAUGAUAGAUUUUUGUGAUUACACAGACACCAAGAAAGUGUGUAAAUUACUUAUAGCCCUUUCAGAUGGAUUGACUGGUCUAAAGAAGACUCAGUUUUUGUACUAAUUCAGAACUGAAAAUCUCCUAUCCAAUAAUAGAAUCAAACAAUAAUUAGGCACCCAAAUUAAAUAAUAGAGAAGUCAACAAAUUGACAUUAAAAAAGAGAUAAUUGAAGCUGAAGGCAAUAUUUCAAUUGCAAAAUCUCAAUUGAAACAGGAUGGCUUAACAAGAGUUGAAUCACAGAAAUUCACAAAGUAAAUGGAAUAAGCUCAAAAACAAGCCCAAAAGUUAAAGUAACAAUAUUCAAAAUUAGAAAAAGAAAUAGCCUCUCUAACAGAAAGGUAUAAUUAAUAAGAUAAGGAAUUGGCAAUUACUUAAAUGCCAGCUUUAUUGUUAAAUCCAUCCAUGUGCUUAGGUCAGGAUGCUAAACAUAGUUCUUAUUACUUCUUUUUAUAUGAGCCUGAUAAGAUCUUUGUAUGUAUGAGACAUUCAAUCCUUGAUGACGAUCGAUCAUAACAAUGGGGAUUUUAUGAUUAGACUGAAAUUUAAAAUCUACUCAAUUCUUUAUGUCCAAAAGGUGUUCGAGAGAACACUUUAAAAAAUAACAUAAUUGAAUUAUAAAGGGCUAAAUUACUAUAAAUAAAUGAGUAAAAUUAGGAAUAGAAUGAUUAAAUCGAACAAGAGAAUCAUAAAAAUGGGAAGGGUGUAGAGAAUGAUAUUGAAUAGGAAGGUCACAAUUAAAGUGAUGAAUAAAUAGAGAGAUUAAAUAGUUUAAUCAAUUUAGAUGUUGAUAAACUUGUGAAUGAAUUCGUUGAAAUAGAAUAAAGUUUAACACUAUAUUUAAAUGAGAAGAAUUCACGAUGGUGCAGCACUGAAUAAAGAGUUGAAUUUUUAAAGAGUUUUCAGAAUGUAAUUGAAAAGAAGAGUUCCCAAGAAUAUGACGAAAUAGAUCUAAAACCUUUAGGGAAAGCAAUUGAAUAUUUUGUAGAUAAUACGAUGAUGCAAGAGAAGUUAGAACUCAGAUUAGAUGAGGAUAUGGAUGAGAGAUAAUUAAAUGAAAAUGAUGACGAUUCUUAUUAAUAACCGAAUAGAAGAAGAAAGGUUGUUGAAGAUGAUUCCUCUGUUGAUGAAUAACCUUAAACUAUGUUACAAUAAUUAGAAUAAAUGGAUAUUGGGAAAGUAAGAGUAAGGAAAUUACCUAUGAAAUUAUUUGGCACUUAUUAUGAAACUUUAAGAUAGAAUUUAAUUGAGCAACUGAAAUAUGAUUGCAAUUUAGCAAAAAUGAAGAUUUGUUUAGAAGUAUUGGGUUAAAUAGUUAAGGAUUACAUUGACAGAAAAAAGAUUUAAAUACAAUAAUAAAUUUUGCCUGUUGGAGAAAAGAAAAAGGUAGAAGAAGUAGUUGUUGUUGCUAAAAAGGUAGUCGAACCUCCCCCUUAAUUUGUUUAGGAGGCAUAAAUGUAUGUUACUCAAAAUUUGAGGAAAAGAAACUAAGUUAAACCUUAGUACGCUGAGACAGAAACGAAAUGGGAAGACAGAUGCAAGAAAUGUAACAAAGGAGGAAAGGUUAUUUGUUGUGAUACUUGUCCAAAAGUAUUCCAUCCAAAGUGUAUUAAUUUAAAGGAGGUUCCGUAAGGGAAGUGGAACUGUCUUAAUUGCUUAACAAAUUUUGAGAGAUAAAUUAAAACAAGAGCUACUAUUAGAAAGUUAGAAAACCAAUGA